AUGGAUCCAACCCAUCAGAAGGAAAUUGAUAAAUUUCUGAUCGAUCUCGAUGGAACCGAAAACAAAUCAAAAUUUGGUGCUAACGCGAUUCUGGGUGUCUCGUUAGCUGCUUGCAAAGCGGGCGCAGCUCACAAAGGCUUACCGCUGUACAAAUAUAUCGCGGAACUGGCUGGCACGAAACAGGUUAUACUUCCUGUUCCGGCUAUGAACGUCAUCAAUGGCGGUUCGCAUGCCGCUGUGGGCGACGAAGGCGGCUUUGCUCCGAACAUACAAGACAACAGGGAGGGGCUUGACCUGCUUAAGUCGGCCAUUGCAACUGCUGGCUAUACUGGAAAAGUUUUCAUUGGGAUGGAUUGUGCCGCUUCGGAGUAUUACAAGGUUUGA